ACUCAUACCGUUCGUUCGCAUAGAGUCUCGCGCGCAGCUAACAUUUAUCCGAAAUUUUACCUCAGCAAAGUAAUACAAAAAGGAAAUUGAGUAAAGGAAUAAUCUCCGAGGAAGACACUACAAUCGAUUACCUUUGAUAAAUUCACCAAUGUGAUAUUUUCUUCGACGUCAGCUGGAUGAAUAAAAUGAAAUACGCUAAAGAGAAAAUUAUCAUCGUCUAGAUAUGAUAAAAAAUGUUUUAUUGUUACUUUGAAUCCAAGAGAGCAUAGAUAUUUUCACUGGCAUUCAACGUGCUCCGAAGUUGGAGCUUUGAGGUUAUGCACUCGUAAUUUCAAUUGUCAAAGGGGUAAAUGUUCUCAGGGACCUGACACCAAGUUGAUCUUUAUGGAGGAUGCUUGGAAAUAAUGAACGGUAUGGAGAAACAUGGACAUGGUCAAGGCCAUUCACAUCACCACCACCAUCAUCAUCACCACCAUCACCAUGCAUCUUCUUCGUGUCAUAGUGGGCAAUCUAUGCAGAAUAGCAGUCAAUUGAAACACAGCCAUGGGCAACAUCAACAUCAACAGAAAGAAACGCCAAGCGGAGGAUCCCAACAGCAAUUACAACAACUGCCAACGGUUGCUCCACCUUCCCAACCGUUAUCAUCAACUUCAACUUCAGCCCAGAAAAUGAGAAAUUAUAAACUCUUGGUGGACCCCUUCCUGACGAAAGGCGCUGCCAAAGUGUACAGAUACGAUGGAAUAGUGCCUGGAGAUCCGACCCAAGUACCAAUACAAUUACGUGACCCACGCUCUCCACUAACUAGGAUAUGGACACGAUUAGAACAAUUAGAAUUACCAGUGCCACGAUUUAAAAUUGAUGCCAAUUAUUGUGGUGAACCACCACCACUCGAAGUGACGUUUUGCCAUUUAAAUGACAAUAUUGACAGGAUAUUUCUCAGUGACAUGGUACUAAAAUUUGGUGCUGUAGAGGAGUUAACCAUAUAUUAUCAUCCAAUGACAAAUAAACAUCUGGGAAUCGCUCGUGUUGUAUUUGAAACGACAAAGGCAUCGAAAGGGUGCGUUGAAAAAUUGAAUAAUACGUCUGUGAUGGGAAAAGUUUUACGAGUCUUUCUCGAUGCAUUUGGUGAGGAAUGUAAAAAAAUUUAUGCCGAUAUGACUGUUGAGAAGAAACCAGAGAAAAAAAUGGAAAAAGAAUCGAAAAUAGAGGUUGAAUCGGAAAAAAAUACACCAAUAGAAAAGGGAAGUGAUGAUCGUGACGAUUACAGAAGUAAAAAAAGCAUUGUAGAUAAGGCGAGAUCAGAUUCCACGCCUUAUAUAGAAACGCCAAGAUUCACAACUAAGUACAGGGAUUAUCCAACCCCAGGUGGUAGUAGUGGGAGUGACAUCGGCUAUGGGACAGCACCUAGUGAGCUUAACUACUCUGGCACAUACUCCCAUAGUUCGACACCAGCCAGCAGCUAUGACUAUUAUUACUCCAAUUACCACCAUCAAUCGAACAGCUAUAUUCCAGGAAUACAUCCACCCUCAAUUGGUAUGACACCUGUUCAACAGAAUUCAGGCGUAUGGUGGCCUGGAAAUUCAACUAGCAAUUUUACACUCUGGCCAACACAUGCACCACCACCAUCUACGCCCAUACAUAAUUCUUCACUGUCAAAACUUUCAAAUCCAUCUAAAACCUUUCAUACUACCUCCAAUAAAGAAAGAGAGAAGGAUAAAGAGAGCAAAGGCUCGAUAGUUAAAAAUUCAUCGGGCGAUUCUCCAGUGGAAAUGAAAAAGACAUUAGAUCUUGAUACAAGAAUUGCGAUGCUACUUAAGGAUAAAGCCGGUGGUAUGGCACCACCUUUCCUUCAAUUUGGCAGUGAUUCUGAAGACGAAAAAAAGUCCCAAACGCCUGAAGAUGAACAACCGUUGUCUGAACCACCCAGUCCAUUUGUUUCUGCUGAAAUGUACAAAGAGUGUUUUGAAAAAAAGACUGAACGUAUCCGUGAACGUAAAAAAAUACGAGAAAAUAAUGUGAAUAAAUUUUCAGUUGACGAGGAUUUGGGUAGUGUGAUAAGUUCGAGCGAAGACGAAGCACUAAUGGGUAGUUAUAGUCCAGCUGUUGAAACUGAACCCGAACCACCCAAAGACCCACCACCCCCACCACCACCACCAGAUGAUGAUAGAAUGUCAUUGAGUCCUUUGAGCUCCGGUGAUGAAAAAAUAGAGGAAGUCAUUGCUCAGUCAACGAAUCAAUUGUACUCAGGAGCUGGUUAUCCUGGUCAUCUGAAUCCUUAUUCCCAAGCUGACGUGUACGGUUGGCCAAGACCUGCACAGUAUCCCUAUUCAUACGUCUCUCCUUACUUACCCAGUCAAUACCAGUCAACAACACUUACCGGCACUGUAGGAUCCCACCAGACUACCAGUUAUUACGCCAAUUUUCAAUCUAGGUUCCAGUCAAUAGUUAAUCAAAGUAUAUCAAAGGACAAUCCACAAGGCCCGACCAUUAACGGCGUACUCACAAGAGUGGUUAAUGAAUUGAAGCAAAUACUAAAGAAGGAUUUUAAUAAGAGAAUGGUGGAAAAUACGGCGUUUAAGUUGUUUGAAGUGUGGUGGGACGAAAAGAAGAACGAGAAAAAUCAUGUUCGAGGAGAAACUGCCCCAGUUAAUAAUGUCAUGAAAGAAGAGCCCUCGAAACAAGCCCUCUCCUCAUUAUUGGAACAAGCAACUCCUUUGGGUCUGAAUUAUGAUGGUUUUGGCCUAGGUAUAAGAGCGAGUAUGCCUAAAAUGCCGUCAUUCCGGCGCAAGGUUAAGGCACCGAGUCCGGUGCCCCAGGAUGAGGACAGUCAUCAAUCAGAUCGAAUGGAUACAGAACUCAUUGGAAGCGACAGUGAUCUCGAAGUAUCCAUUGAUACAUCAAAAUCCAAACGUAUAUUACCAUCGAGUGCCUCGUCAAUUUCUUCGUCUUCAUCGUCCAGCAGUAGUGCCUCUUUGUCUGCUACAGAGUCUGCAACUUCUGGGGAGAGCAGUGAUGAUGAAGAAGAGGAUUCCGAUAGUAGACGCUCGGGUCAUCGGCUUUUGGCUUGUAAUAGUCAAGAUCCUGAUAUUCUUAUGGAGUUAGCCAUACAACGAUCACUAAAUUGUCCAACCCCUCCAGACAGACAUACACCCAUUCCACCUUUAGAUCUCCAUCAAAUCCCAGAUGACUUUCCAUACAUGGAUAAUGAUGAGAGCCCCUUGCCAUCACCACCAUAUGACGUUCAACAAACCUUUGAUAAUAAAAAAUCAGUUAUUUCCUACGAGAAUUUAGAGUCAAAGGUAACGAUGAUGGAGGAAACGAGAGAUAUUGAAAAAAUGGAAACCUCCGCAGCGGAAGCACUGAUGGCCCUGGCAGGUCAGGACAGUGAUAGUAUCAUUUGCCACAAAAGUCCAGGGCCAAUUCAGCAAAAUAUUAUUCGGAUACUGCAAAGCAUGUCAUCAAAAUACAUCAAUGAUGAGCCAAUACUCAAAGAGUCGGAGAAAAUUGAAAUGUUCUCUGAAAUUCCUACGACUGAUUCCGAAGAGGAAAGCCUUGAGGUUCGCAGAUUGCGUUAUCAAUCAGAGGCCGUUCGUGGACAUGGCCAACGAAGUCCAAGCACUCCGGGUUCACAGGUUUCUCAAGUUUAUAUGGAGCAUUCCUACUCCCUUCCUCCAGCUGAGGUGCCACAACAAAUUGAACAACUACCACCACUACCGCCACCACCACCUUCAUCAUCUCACGUGUCACCUGUCAAGAUUGCAAAACAAAUGAAACAAAAACACGAUAAAUCGAAUGAACGCACGGAGAAACGAAAGUUGAACAAAUAUAAUGCUAAAUUAACAACUCAUCAUAAUCAUGAAAGAGAGAAAGAAAAUAUUCAGAAUGAACAGUUUCUGAAUAAAAUUCUUGAAAAUCAACCAGUUAUUUAUAAAGAGCGCGCCCUUAUAGCUGAACUGAGUGUACUUUAUCAAUUUUUAACUCGUGGAGUCGAUGCAGAAGACAUUGAAUAUUUGAAGCGUAGUUACAAUUCUCUGCUAGCCGAUGAUACCCAAGGUUAUUGGUUGAACGAUACACACUGGGUGGAUUAUCCGGUGACAGAUGUACCAAGUCCAGCUAAAAAAAGAAAACGAGAUGAACUUAGAGUACAUGCGACUGGUUGCGCAAGAUCCGAAGGUUUCUACAAAGUUGACCUCAGAGAAAAGCUUAAACACAAACAUCAUUAUGCACAAAGUAUCCAAAGGGUCAAUGAAAUAGAGGAGAGCAUGCACGGUGCUGGCGAUAGUAUGAUAAGCAGUUCAAAAUCAGUAAAUAAGGCGUUAACAGGAAAAAUGCAGGCAUUGUCACGCGAAGCAAGAAGUAAUCAGCGUCGUUUGCUAACUGCUUUUGGAAUUGAUACUGACAGUGAUCUUCUUAAAUUCAAUCAACUCAAGUUCCGAAAGAAACAGCUCAAGUUCGCCAAGUCCGGUAUUCAUGACUGGGGUUUAUUUGCUAUGGAACCAAUAGCCGCUGAUGAAAUGGUCAUUGAAUAUGUUGGUCAGAUGAUUAGACCCAUUGUCGCCGAUUUGAGAGAGUCGCAAUAUGAAGCUACUGGCAUUGGUAGCUCUUACCUCUUUCGAAUUGAUCUUGAUACCAUCAUUGAUGCAACCAAGUGUGGUAAUUUGGCAAGGUUUAUCAAUCACAGUUGUAAUCCAAAUUGCUACGCGAAAGUCAUUACAAUUGAAGGUCAGAAGAAAAUCGUAAUUUAUAGUAAACAGCCCAUUGGUGUGAAUGAAGAAAUCACGUAUGAUUACAAAUUUCCUCUGGAAGACGACAAGAUACCGUGUCUGUGUGGUGCACCGCAGUGCCGUGGUACUCUCAAUUAAAGUUCAACUCACAAGAGUUAUUUUAAAGAAUUUUUUUUGUGCUCUUAGUGUCACAAGAAAAAUGAAGCUCACCUGGAAGUUUUUUACGCUCUUCCCUCUAAGAUUCAUUCAUUAUCAUGAUCUUUUUCCUCAUAUCUUUGUAAAUAAAAUACUCCCUUCCCCACCUAUGUAACAUUUUAUAAAAAUACAAUGAAAAAAAACGAUAAAUUAUAUAUUAUCAAUUUUAGAGUUUUUUUUUAAUUAUGUUUAUUCGUGAAUUUCAAAGCGAUAACGAUGGUACGAGAAGAGGUUGCAUUGAAAAGUAAA